AUGAUCGUCGAUCUCGCAAGCCGAAACCUUUUGCGCUCCUAUCUGAAUCUCCUUCUCGUAAAGCUGCUUCAAGAUUUGGAUUGCAUCACUCCAAGUCCAUGGACGUUGAAGAAAGGGGGAUUUCAUCUGGCUAUGCCAAACCUCCAUGGAUAUUCAAAGGAAGGCAAGAAAACCCCUUUUGAAGCUUUUUUUCCAAAGAAUGUCUCAGGUCUUCUUCUACUAUCUGUUUUGCUGAACUUUCUUUCUUCUUAUUGUGAUUUCAGUGCGUUGUAUCAGAUUCAUCUUGUGAAGGCUGCGACUGCUCGAGCAUUCAUCCCAAAAGAGUUUCGACUAGUUGAAGCUUUUGGAUACACUCUUGGUGGGUUUUUCCUCGCUAGCUACGAUGAUAGCCCCGCUGAUGUCGUUCUCUUGCUUUUCCCCCAGCUUGUUGUAAUCGCAGGGAUUGUAUGGAACCCUCCUACAUCAUGCGCAUGGGCCGCGAGGGUGCUUGUGAACAGCAAUGAGGCUUGUCAUCACGGACGCAAGGAAGUAGGACUCCCUAGUCAAGUUGCAAGAUUUUCAAAGAAAAUCUCUGCAGUUCCAAAGAGAAAAAGGGAGAGAGCUUUUGGUUUCUUGGACACAUUAGGUUUGGGAGCUACUCUGCCUCAUCCUGAGGAUUUGGUGGAGGUUAAGGUUUGUGAAGUUGAUGGUGCUGCUUCUGCAGAUCUCUGCAACAUCCAAAUUAGAUCGGACGGUGAGUGCUUCGCUUAUUGGCCUAAACUUAAGCCUCUGUGUUAUAUGAUAUUUGACCUUGGUCUUAAACUGGCCACUUCAGAAUCAGAGGCCAAACUCGGAAAAUGGAUGGGACCAACAAUCAAAAUGUCACUCCCGAGUUUUAGUGGUAAUACAAAGUACAACUCAAACCUGCUCAAGUACUCAUGCCAUCUUCGCUGCAGGGUGAGACCAGUGAAACCUGCUGUAGUAUCAGGGGAUUUGGAAGAUGAGGUAGAGAAUUUUCCAGAAGAGAAUCACACGUCACAUGAUAAUGAGAGGAGGUUAAGUGUAGCUGUGAUGCUAUCGAAACCAAUCAUAGCUCUUCAAUUCAAAGGCUUAACAAUGCAAGUAGAAGCUCCUGUUGUAGUUAACACUUCAGUGUAG